AUGAGCCAGCAAAAGCUCCGCUUCUUGCCGACCAAGGCGACCUUCGAGCUCGGCGAGCAGCUCGGCACGGGGACGGUGGGCGUCGUCUACAAGGCCACCAGCCCCGACCUGCCCGAGCCGGUCGCCGUCAAGUUGCUCAACCCGAACGUCUCGGGCGAUAAGAACAUCGUCGAUCGCUUCGAGCGCGAAAUCGUCGUGAUGGAGCGGCUCAAGCACCCGCACAUCGUCCGCAAUUAUGGCGGCGGCCAGAUGGACGGGCAGCUCUUCUAUGCGAUGCAGCUGCUCGACCGCGGGUCACUCAAGGACCGGCUGCGACGCGGGCCGCUCGCCUGGCCCCAGGUGGCGGCGUACGGCGUGCAGAUCGCCUCGGCCCUGCAGCACGCCCACAACCACGGCAUCGUCCACCGCGACCUCAAGCCGAGCAACCUGUUCUACGACCGUGAGGGGAACCUCGUGCUCGGCGACUUCGGCAUCGCCCGCGACCUGCACGCCCAGGCCGACAUCACCGAACACGGCAUGACGGUCGGCACGUUCAGCUACAUGUCGCCCGAGCAGAUCACGGCCGAUGCCCGCAUCGACGGCAAGGCGGACCUCUACUCGCUGGGGUGCCUGCUGUUCGAGAUGCUCACCGCCCGGCCGCCCUACCAGGGGGCGACCUUUGCCCAGGUGUGGGACCAGCACAUGCACGCCGAGCCGCCGAGCGUCCGCGCCGCGCAGACCGAGGCGGGCGUCCGCGUCACGUGCCCCGAGUGGCUCGACGAGUUGAUCCGUAAGUUGCUGGCGAAGAAGCCGCACGAACGACCGUUCAACGCCCGUGCGGUGGAAGGCGUGCUGCUGCAACACCUGCUCGACGAGUUCGGCGAAGAAGAGGCCAAAAAGCUGACGAAGCUCGACGCCCUGCAAUCAGCGACCUUCGACGAGGGCCCCAAGCCGCGGAUUUGGGUGGUAUGGGCCGCGCUCGCGGCGAUGCUGGCGGCGCUGGCUUGGGCGGCGCACGCCAUCAUGAACACCGACAACGAGAAGAAUCCCAGUUCUCUAUGGCUCGAAGAAGUUUCUAGUGUGUGGCGACGGAACAAAGAGUUCGCCGACGAGGCGAUUGCCCAGCUUAACGACGAGCAAAUUCGCCGAUCACUCACUGCUGAGACGAAUUCCGUCGCCAUCGUCAUGAAGCACGUCGCGGGCAACCUACGUUCCCGCUGGGUAGGCUUUCUAACCUCCGACGGCGAGAAGUCCGACCGCAAUCGCGACUCGGAGUUCGUCGAUGACUACCCGGACCGAGCCUCGAUCUUGUCGGAUUGGGAAGAUGGCUGGCGAAUGCUCUUUGAAGAGUUGGCCGCGCUGGCGCCCGAGGACUGCCAACGACUUGUCGAAAUCCGCGGCGCUAAGCUGACGGUACCCGAAGCGAUCCUGCGGUCGAUAUGCCAUUGCUCGUACCACAUCGGGCAGAUCGUACAAACGGCGCGGAUCGUGGCCGGCGACGACUGGCGGACGCUGACGAUCCCUCGGGGCGAGUCCGAAGCUUACAACCGUGAGCGAUGGGGGCGAGGUUAG